AUGGCGACGCGCGAGCGACCGAGUAAUACCUGCUUACGGUGCGCCGAGAUCAAACAGCGCUGCAAGGGUGGUGUGCCGUGCGAUCGGUGCAGUAGGUUGAGCCUACCUUGUCGUCCAAAGGGGUACUCGGCUUCGUUGUCCGGGGAGUUUGGGCUUGACGGCGGCGAUGGGAUUUCUGUUGGGCAGCCGAAAGCAAAGAUACGCAGGGUGCAGACAGGCUGUUUGACGUGCAAAAGGCGCAAGAAGAAAUGCGAUGAGCGGAAACCCAGCUGUGGCGAUUGCAGGAGACUUUGCCUCGACUGUUCGUGGCCGACAGAGAGGGCUAGUAGACCGAGGCUCAACAGCUGGACCAAUGAAUCAUGGCUUAGCGCAGAACAAGUCCUCGACCUGUCGUCGGAGACAUCACCAAGCCCAAAUCCUUCGCCAGGUUCAGUCCAAUCCAACGUGGACCUGAGUAUCGCCGACUUGCUAUGCCAAAUGUCGACAGCCGUUCCUGUAGAUGGUGCCGACGUUGACAUGACGGCGACGUUACCAGAACUAUCCUGGGACUUGACCACUGACCCAGGCUGGCUCGAUAUUCUCCCGGAAACACCUCCCAUUGCGGAAGACUCACCGGAUAGUCUACCAAAUACCACGCUCACUCUGUAUACGCCGAGUUUGGUACCGGACAUGACAUCUCCUCACGACAAAGCAUUGCUAAACCAUUACUCAAAUAUUGUCGCCUCAGUGCUAUCAAGGCAUCCAAAUACAACAUCAAACCCUUACCUCAGUUAUCUCGUUCCCAUGGCCGUCUCAAACCAGCUCAUCCUUCAUUGCGUCCUCGCUUUGAGUGCAACGCAUUGGCAGAAGCUUCAACCUGACAUGCGAGAUAGGGCACUGUAUCACAAAGGCCAAGCGACGCAAUCUCUGGCCGGUCUCCUACCUCAUGUAGAUGGGGGUUCAGUGGAUGUCGCGCUGGUAUCCUGCCUACUUCUGUGUAUGUCAGAGCUGUUCGAUGGCACCUCAGCAGGAUGGAAGCUUCAUCUCCAAGGCGCAAAACGACUCUUGUCAACAGUCAAAUCUCAGACCGGUGGUAAUCUGACAGGUCACUUUAAGUUCUUUGUCAAGCUGGCGCGCUUCCUAGAUAGUGCAGCGACAACAAGCACCUGCAAGCCUCCUCUGAUAGACGACAAGACAGUGGCGACUACACCUGAGCCGACUGAAGAUGCCAGCAACGACGAUGCUGCAGUUUAUGGAAUACCGAAAGAACUGUUUCACAUGGUCGAUCGUGUGAACAAUCUGGCCAGCAAACGAGGAACGAGAGUCGAUGAGGCUUCCGAAGCGCUAUUUCGCGAAGAAGCUGAAAGAGUUCAAGGGAGAUUGGAUAACUGGGCUUACGACUAUGGUGGUCUCGCAGGCGCCGUUGCGUCCUUGUCACCUACCAAUGACGACGUCCUCCACGCAACAACCGCAUACGAAUGGGCACUCCGCCUCCGACUUCACCAAAUCACAGAAGGCUACUCGCUUACAGAAAAGGUAUUCGAGUGUGUCCAGCACAUCCUCGACUCAGCACAGAAGAUCCGUUAUGGGAGUCCCCUCGAGAGCUGCCUACUAUUUCCUCUGGUUAUGGCAGGUGGUGCAUGCAACUGUCUUGAGCAGAGAAUGGUCGUGCAAGAUAGGCUGAUGAUCAUGGAGCGGACUUGUGGGUUCGGAUAUGUACAUCAGAGCCGCGAAUUAGUAGAGACUGUUUGGAAGAGAAGAGAAACUGAGAGUAUGGUUAAUUGGGCUAGGAUUCGGUAUGAGGAGAUGGGUGGACUAGCACUAUACUGA